CGUGUGUUUUACAUUGUUCCGAUGCUUCACGCACAUUAAUGAACACAAAGUGUAAACUUUACUCUGAUUUACACUGGUGAUUCGACUAAUAAGUUUGUUAGGCUACUAGUUUGCAUUGUACUGUCUUUAUGCAGCCGUCAUUGUGUGUGGACACCAAUGGAGCUGGAGGGGCAGUGGUGGAAAGGGGAGCUUGCAGAGGACAUCUAUCAGGCCCUGCGUUACAAAGAGCUGCGAUUGCCUGCAUACAAAGGCCAGUCCCCACAGAUCAGCCUUAGACGAUAUUUCGCAGACCUCAUUGCAAUAGUGAGCAAUCGGUUCAAGCUGUGCUCGGCUGCCAGACACUUGGCUGUUUAUCUGCUGGACCUGUUUAUGGACCGCUAUGACAUUUCUGUACAGCAGCUCCACAUGGUGGCACUGUCCUGCUUGCUUUUGGCCAGUAAGUUUGAGGAGAGAGAAGAUCGGGUGCCGAAGCUGGAGACACUGAACAGUCUGGGCUGCAUGAGCUCCAUGAAUCUGGUUCUGACCAAACAAGCUCUCUUGCACAUGGAGCUACUGCUCCUCGAGACGUUCCAGUGGAAUCUGUACCUCCCUACGGCCGCUCACUUCAUAGAGUACUACCUGCCAGUCGCCGUGAAUGAGACGGACCUGCAUGACGGCUGGCCUAUGGCAUGCAUGGAGAAGACUAUGCUGUACAUGUCCAAAUAUGCAGAUUACUUCCUAGAGGUCUCUCUACAAGAUCACGCAUUUCUUGGAUUCGUCCCGUCUUUGGUCGCUGUGGCGUGUGUGGCCUCUUCUCGAGUAAUCUUGCGUCUGUCUCCCACCUGGCCGCCCCGUUUGCAGCGUCUGUCAGCGUACACAUGGGAGCAGCUGUUGCCCUGCGUGGAGAGACUUUUAAUCGCUCACGAUGGUGAUGUAAAGGAAGCAAACAAGCAGAAAUGCCAGCAGCCGAGAGUUCAGUCUGUGCAGACGGUGUACCCCGUCCCGCAUCAGUACAUGCAGCAGCCAAACUCGCAGUACGUCCAGCAGAACUGCCAGCCGGUGAUCGUGUCUGCUCAAGGCCAUAACACCUACCUGCCCCAUCCCACCUCAAUGCAGGUCUCCACAGCCCCUCUGCAUGGGCUCGGGCAGCCCCAAACCAUGUCUGCCCCAAUGGAUGCCAAAGUGAACAUGCCCAGUAGAGCAUACCAGGUGAAUGCACUGUACCCCCGUGCAGCUCCCUGUUUCGACAGGUGAUUAAUCGGACGUGAAGUUAAUGGACCGUUCCACUGCACAGGGGAGUUUAUGUUUGCAUUCUUCUGUGCAGAAUAUAAGCACGCUGCUCUUAAAGAGAUAGUGCAGUCAAAAAUGAAAAUGCUGUCAUUUACUCAACCUCUUGUUGUUCCAAAACCGUAUGACUUUCUUUUGCAAAGCCAUAUGUGUUUGGAACGGCUUGAAGGUGAGUAAAUGGAGACCGUUUUGGGGGAGCUGUCCCUUUAAAUAUUAUUUGAACCGAGCCACUUGAACUGUUGAAUUCUGUCUUUUUAAUUUAAAUGAUCAGGAUGAAAACUAUCAAGCAUUAGAUCACUGUAAUUUUGAUUUAUGAGGUGUGCUAUGAGCAAAAAUGUGCAAUAUGAUGCCUUAAUGUGUUACCCUCUGUAUACUACCUCAUGGUGUUCCAUUUGUUGUGUUAAGUUUACUUAAGAGUAGUAGUAUUAUUUACAGGUAUGUUUCAUAAAUGAAGACAUCAUGGGAGUGUGAAGUAACAAAGUAAAAUGAUGGUUUAUACUAACAUGAGCAACUUGCAAGUGUUAAUUUGCUCUACCUCAUUGAAUGUUGACUGUUAUUGUCUUGCAGCCUUAAAUGCACUUUA